GCCAUUUCAUUAUAUUCCACUCAAUUGUUUAUAUCGUCGCUUCUGUUUAAAGGCAAUGCUCUGAUAUUAAAAGACUCUCUCAUAGCCGGUAUUUCUCUGGUUUCCUACACCAUUCAUUCCUGCUCGUUUUUCUUCUCUUUUCUCUUUCGUCAGCUUCUUCCAGUUCUUCCAGUUCUUCUAUUUCUUCUAUUUCCUCUGUUUCUUUCCUCUCUUUCCCCUUCAUCUACUGUAUAUCACAAAAGCACUUUGCUUCUAUUGAAAUCAUCUACUUUUUUCACUCACAAUCUGCUGCAAUCCAAUACAGCCCACCACACACAGCGAAAUGCUCCAAUCUCCCAAGUUGGUUUCCUCAUCCUCCAACAAUUCAAUGGCUUCUCAGCAACCUCUUCAACCUCAUCUUCACAGACAGUCUUUUUCUCAACAACCCCAAUUCGCUCAACAACACUCAACCGGUAUAUCCUCUCCAUCUCCCCAAAAUGUCUCCAACAAUCAAAUGAUCGAUAACAUAAACUCCUAUAACCACCAGGCUACAACAGUGCCCCCUUAUGUACUAGACAGUGUAUCAAAGGCUCAUCACAAAGACCUGGACAAUUUCAAUGGCAAUGUAUCCACAAUAAGUCACCACGAUUCCCUAAAUACUGAUCUCUUUACUUCUUCCUUGAAUAACAACUGGAAUAACUUUCUAUCAACUGUGAAAAACACCCCUGCAAUUUUAAAAUCAAAUUUCAAUAACAAUAACAAUAAUCAAAAUCAAAAUCUCUAUAAUCAUAACUCUAUCAAUUACAACAAUCAUCGUCCUCAUAGCUCAUUACGAUAUUCAAACAGAUAUCUGCCAAUAAUAGAUGAAUCUUCAAAUACAAUAAACAAUAAUCUCACAAACUCUUCCAGUAACACUAUAUAUAACACUGACUCAAAUCUAGAAGAAAAUUAUAAACUAGCUGAUUUAUCUGGCGAUUGGCAAGGCGAUGAAAGAUUAAGAAAAGAAUUAAAUGAUGAUUCCUUGAUUGGUGACUCUCAAUCAAACUCCUUUCUCAGUCACCUACUCUGUCUCAAUCUAUUCUCAAACUCUCCCAACAAAAGUGCUGACAAAAAUAUCAACAAGUACAACUUAAAAAGGAGAAGAAGCUCCAAUUCUCCCAAAGUUAGAUCUUCCGCCAAAUACUGGAUGGCUUCCGAAUCAAGAGAAAGAUGGGCUCCCACAAUAAAAAGAUUCUGUCUCAACAGUCCCUACCUACUAGUUUUCCUAAGAACUUUCAUGCUCAUACUAACCUUGGUAGCACUAGGCUUAGCCUGCUCUUUAUUCACCUCAACACAGUCCCAAAACCACUCUCAGAACUCUUCUCAAAGAGAAAUCAGCCAGCAGCCUUCUACCAUCAUGGCAAUUUGUGUUCAAAGUAUCGCAUCUCUCUACAUCCUAUACAUCACUUGGGACGAAUAUAGUGGCCAGCCAAUUGGUCUAAGAAACCCCAUGGACAAAAUCAAACUAAUCUCCCUAGACUUGUUAUUCAUCAUCUUCAGUUCCGCAAAUUUAUCUCUAGCUUUUAAUACUUUAUAUGAUAGUCAAUGGGUUUGUGUUGCCACCUCUCAAUUACAAACAACCCAAAAAAGAUCUCUAACUAGAAAUCUAAUAAGAGAUACAAUCAACUCAUUGCCUUUAAAAAUAGAUGAAAUCUGUGAUAAACAAAGAGCUUUAGCGAGUUUUCUAUUUUUAAUCUUGUUCAUGUGGGUAUUAACUUUCAGCAUUUCCAUUUUCAGAAUCGUCGAAAGAGUAAGUUCUCCAAAAUCUUGAUCCAAUCUAAUCCAGUUUUAACCCUAAUUAAUGUUUAAUUUAAUCCCAAUUUAAUCCCAAUUAAAUCUUAAUUAAAUCACAAUUUAUUUUUAACUGGACCGCACAAUAAAUUAAAACUUACAAUUAUAGUAACUUGUAUAUCAACACUAUUCCAUUUGGGUUAUCAUCUAUAAUAAGAAUAUUCGUUAUUUAUCAUUCGUCAAUUAAACAAAAUCAAUCACUUACUCUUGGUUCUGGUUUUGAUAAAUAUCCAUUUGUUUCAAAUUAACUUCAACUUAUCUGUCAAUGAUUUCUUUUGUUUAUUUCUUCGUUUAAUUCAAACUCUUUUUUCUCUCCUUAAUUAUUGUUUAUUUAUUUAUUUUUUCUUUCUUUCUUUCUUUCUUUCUUUUUCUUUUUCUUUUUUGUUUGUUAAUUUUGCAAUUUCU